AUGGCUGCUACGCCCGCGGCGCCGGCGUCGGGGACGGCGGCGGAGGCAUUCCGGCGGGUGUACGGCACCCUCAAGGACGAGCUCCUCCGGGACCCCGCCUUCGACUUCAACGAGGACGCCAUCCAAUGGCUCGACGGGGCGAGAAAGAGAUGCUGGACUACAAUGUGCUUGGCGGUUGGCCUCAUAGCUAUAAAUGAUGCACUUGUGCUCCGCAGCCAAAUUUCACGCAUCUUUAGGCGGUACUUUUUCGGGAAAAACUACUACGUUGAUCUCCUGGACUUAUUCAACGAGGUUGAGUGUCAGACUACUUCAGGAGAGUUGCUAGAUCAAAUCACAACAAAUGAAGGGCGCAAAGAUCUGAACAAGUAUACCGUACAUGUUUAUCGCCGCAUUGUAGAAUACAAGACAGCAUACUAUUCCUUCUACUUGCCGGUCGCAUGCGCUCUGCCACUGUCCGGUCAGAGUUUGGACGACUAUGUUCAAGUGAAGCAAAUCCUAGUUGAAAUGGGUGUUUACUUCCAAAUUCAGGACGAUUAUCUGGACUGUUUUGGUGAUCCAGAUGUUAUCGGCAAGAUUGGAACUGACAUUGAAGACUUCAAGUGCUCCUGGCUAUUUGUUGAAGCACUUCAGCGUGCGGAUGAGAAGCAAAAGGAUUUCUUGUUUGAAAACUACGGGAAAUCAGAUCCUGAUUGUAUAGCACAAGUGAAGGCUCUGUGCAAAGAGCUCGAUCUUGAGAGGGCUUUGUCUGUGUAUGAAAGGGAAAGAUAUGAAAAACUGAUCUCAGACAUUGAAGCACAGCCCAGUGAACCGGUACAAGCGAUGUUAAAGUCCUUUCUACACAAGAUCUACAAGAGGAGAAAGUAG